CUGCAGUCUCCCAUUUCACGUUACCAUCAUCAUCCUUCUUAGAGUUAAUUCGUCGUUUCAACUUUGAAAAAUGAAUCCAUAUGGAACGGAAGUUGACAACCUGGCUUUUUCAUCGUUCCGAGGUUGCGUAUUGGAAGGGAGAUGGGAUGACGUUGUUCCGGCGUAUGAUAGAGACAGUGAUUUCCACAAGAUAAAGAUCAACGAAAGCAGUGGCACUGCACUACACGUGGCAGUGAAUGAUGGGAGAAUGGAACAUGUGAACACUCUUGUUGGUGCAAUCAUAGAGCAUGAAGGGAGGGCAGUGUUGAGAGAUGAUAGUGCAUUGAGAUCAACCAAUGAGAGAGGGGACACUCCUUUGCACCUUGCAGCUUCAAGAGGGUUCAUUGGUAUGUGUAAGUGCAUCAUAGGGGAAUCUGGCGAAAGGAGGGAUUUGAUUAAGGUUCAGAACAAGAAGGGUGAAACACCUUUGUUUGGGGCUGUUCUCACAUGCCAAACAAACACCUUUGUGUACCUCUAUCAUGUUUCCAAAGAUUUGGAUGUUGCACUUACGAACAAUGAUGGGGAUACCAUCCUUCAUGCUGCCAUCCAGGGAGAAUUAUUGGAUUUGGCAAUUAUAAUAACUCAUUGCUACCCUGGACUUGUGCAAACGCGAAACAAAGACGGGACCACUCCUCUCAAAGUUCUUGCAUACAAGCCUUCAGCUUUCAGAAGUGGAACCAAUCUCCAAUGGUGGAAGCAUAUUCUAUAUUCUUGUAAGUGUUAACGUUCUUUGGUGAUUGAGUUCAUAAGCUUUUUUCUUAAAACA